CAGUUCGGCAAAUGAAUGUGGUUGUUGUAGAUGUUGCUGUACAACAAGAGAUGUCGCUUUUUAGAUUCCUUUUUUAAGGAAUCUCUAAUGAAUAAAUAAAAGUUUAUUCUCUAAUAGAGAUAAAAACUAGUGUCUGCUGAAAAUUUUGCAAUAAUAAAGCUAAAAAAUGGAUGAAAGUGCUAUUUUCUCGAACAUCGCAAUGAUUAUCAACAAGGACGUACUGGUAGAUGAAUGCAGUAGUAGCCAUAAGAAACCUAAACAUUUCCUAUGGCACUGCAAUCAAACCGAAGGAGACUCUAAUGUUAAAUUACGUUUUCCUUUACUUGAGUCAGCAGACGAUGAUGCAGAAGAGUUCUUUUUAAAACAGCAAUUUUGUGAAACAACUCCCUUAGAAGAAAAUGAAAUGCCUGACCAAAAUGAAAAGCCCUCAGGCAGUCAAAAACCUAAUAAGAAACGCAAACUGACCUCAAAAUUGGAAAAUUUCAAUAAGAAACAUAAAAAAGUAAGAGACAGUAAAUUGAAACCGAUAUCGACCAAGACCAAAGAAGUAAAUCUGUUAAAUGAGUUUGAUAAUGUUGAAUUUGAGGGCUAUUUACAUAUGAGUAAAAUGAGUUUUUUGAAAACCUUUCAAUUUAUUCGCCAUUUAUUAAGUCCUUCCACUUUUGCGGCCGGUGUGCCCCCACAAACGGUAUUCUCUUUAUCUCUAUGGAAACUAACGACCGAUGAACAUUUUGAGGAAAUUUCCAAACGUUUUAAAAUUGCCCAGAGUGAUUGUGAAAGCAUUGUCAGUCAAUUUUGGCAUAUUAUUUCAGACAAAUAUGAAUCCUACAUUAAGUGGCCAAAUUCUCAACAAUCACAAGAAUUACAAUUGCAGGGUUUUCAAAAACAUGCCGAUUUAAAAAUAUUUCCUAAACUCUUCGGUGUAUUGGCCACAAAACGUUUAGACAUAUUUCUAGCCUCGGAUGAUUCAGAAAUUCCUAUAAUCCUGCAAAUUGUCUGUGAUGUUGAUCAAAAAGUUAUAGAUUGUUUUGUAGAACUCGAACAGGAGUACUCAUUCGAUGAAACACCUAUGGGCCAGAUAUUGGCUUUAAAUGAAAAUACCAUGCCAAAAGAUUGUUAUCUAAUUGGUAAUAAAAGUUUUCCACUUAAACCGUAUCUAAUGAAACCUUUUGCCAAUCCUUGUUUUCGCAAUGAGCAUGAAUUUAAUAAACUGUUGGAGCCUGCUUUAAAAUUGGGCUUUGACACUUUGGAUAUUAUGGCGAAACGUUUUAAUGCUCUCUAUGCUUUGGAGGCCAAAGAUUUGGCUGAAGUACGCAAAAUAUUGGAAACGAUUUGUGCUUUACAUAAUUUAAGUAUCGCCAUUGAAGAUGACUACGUGGAACGUAAACGUGAGGUGGUGUCUUUUAAUUGGGCUGCCGAUAACAGUGAGGGCUUUGCUGUGGGCAGUGAGCAGAAUGUUCAGGGUGUGCAGAAACGUAGUGAUUUGGUCGAUGAAGUGGUGAAGUGAAUUUUUUUUCGAAUAUAAUAAAGUAUUAAAAAUAGAA